UGGAAGUAACUUUGUCAUGUGACCUAUUCAAAAUGGCUACAAGUAUGACUGACAAACCUGCCGUAGAUACGAUAAAUGCUAGCAAAGGAACAGAAGCUAACUGUAGAGGAAGUAAGAGAAGAAUAUGAAGAAUUCUUGUGUUAAACUUGGUUGAAAAGUAUACGGAUUUUCUGUUUUCACUCCCGCAUAUAUUGCCCAUGAAUUAACUAGAACUUUGAUAAAUUUCUUCUUGCCUUUUACUACUGCUGCUCUCCUCAUUCAAGGAGGCUUACUUGUCAAGAAAAGCCUCAAAAAGAAAGUUAUCAUGUGACAGAAUGUUUUAAUAACUUUAAUAACUACUAAUUAUUGCAUUCCUUUCUGCAACAAAUUCUGUAGCACUGUCACCAGACUCUUCUGCACCACCCCCGCAUACGCAUACAGGCAAACAGAUGGGGCGUGACUGAAAAUCUUGUGUAGAAGGGCUUCACCUAAUUAGUUGUACAUGUAAUUGAACAUUAGUGCUUUAUGUCAAUAUGUUAUACAACUCUGUGUUGGUAUCUAUCAACCUCAGGCCUAUAACAAGCCUCAUUAUUAUAAAAGCCAAGAUGCCUUAACUCCUUGUAUAACCUAUACUUAAAUACAUGCAGUUACAGGCAAAAAAAUUUAAGUUUGCAAGCACUUUUGUUUUUUUUAGUCUUUAUUUAGUUUGUGAAUAUUGUAUCAUUACACACUACAUUGUAUUGUUAAAAAUGCUUUGUUCUUUUUUUGUAGCAAGAACUUUUGAUAAGAAGCCUCCUGACAGUCUGUUUGGCCAUGAACCAUCUCUUCAACUUCCUGAACCUGUUAAUACAUUAGACGCUACAGAUCAUUCAUCAUCAUCUACAAAACGAGUGACAGAGCCACUUGGUGAAGAUGUAUCCAUCGACCAGCAAAAAAAUAAACAAGAUGUAUCAAAGUCACUUGAAACCUAUAAGUCUCAGGAUCUUACUCAUCGACCUGAUUGUAAUUGUACUGGUCAUGGUUGCUUCCAAAGAGGGCUCUCUAUUCCUGACAAUUCAACUCUAUACAAAGAUCCAGUGAUUUCUAAUCAAGAAGUGUUCCCUGGGGAAAGUAUGGGGUUUGAUGUUCCUAGCUCUAAAACUACAUUAAGGGCUACUAGUGAACCAGGUUCUCGUGAGUCAUCAAAUCCUAUGCUUUGUGUUGAUACUGAGACAUCAGAGCUUUCCCGAGUAGCACUAAGAGGGCCAGGAGACAGUGUUAUGUCAUCUGGUGUAGCUGUUUACCAAUAUCAAACUCCAGCACUUGCAACAGAACCAUCUAUAGACCCUAAAAACAUCCCUGAUACAUCCAAUUCUCACCAUGCUAGUCAAUAUCAAAAUAAUUAAGUAUUAUUGCUAUCAUUAUUAUUAUUGUCAUUAUUAUU